AGAUGAAGACAAAACGAAGGCGAAACGACAACGAAGUUCGCAGCAAUAACGCCGCUUAUAAAUUCAAAGCCACGGAACAGAAAUCUUCAUUCACAAGUUGUCUGUCGCUUUUGAUACACUUGCUCUUCUCUCUCUCUCUCUGUUCCUCAAGUCGCACACACAACACCACACUUUGGCCACCGCGUCAACACUUUGUCGUCAAAUAUUCAAAAGAUAUAUUGUGGUUUUUUGUGGAAGAGAAGAGACAUUUAUCUAUAUAAGAAAAUUAGUUCGGAUUUUUUUUCUUAGAGAAAAACAAGAAGGAAAAGUGUUUUUUUUCGUUUUGUUUGUUUGUUUUUGGAACAAUUAUUGAAAGUCUUUCGCACACUAAAAUUCUUCUUAAUUAGUGUACAAGCUCUUCUUCUUGGUGUUCUUCUGCAAAUUUUUGCACUUUUUUUACCAGAAAUAAAAUGGAGAAAUUGCCACUGUGUCUGUUUCUGCUAAUUGGACUGGCUCUCUGUUCAACAUCAAACGGCGCAUCAAUCGUGAAUAAGAGAGCCGUGGCCGAGAGCGAAGCGCCAAAGGUGAAGAUCUGUCAGAACAAUUCACCGUGCGGCUGGGGAAUUUACACGCCAUUCACGCGACAAGUGGACUACUUCAUGAAGAACACGUGCGUGUGCGAAGAGCACAAGCAGUGCGUGCGCACGGACGAUGAUCUGUCCGUGAGCGCCUACGUUUAUCGAUGCAGGGAACUUGGGCAGCGAAAGACACCCGACAAUUCCUCCUGAAGACCAACAAAUUGCCAUUCUCAACGUCGCAGAUAGGAAGCGAACAUAUAAGACAGAAUUUGUUGAAUCUGUCUCAGUGCCAUUUUCUCUUUCAUGAAGACACACACCGCCAGGAAAAAUACACACAGAAACACCACUGAAGUUCACACAUCUCAUAUAUUUUAUUUUGAAUAGUUUUUGGUGCAUUAAGAUGGAAAUUAAAAAGAAAAAAAGGACAUCAAAAUAGGCAUGUGCAAUUGAAAUGAAACUAUAAAUAAUUCCCCCCCCCCCCUUCACCGUAAAACACUAUAUUUAUGGCCAAAUGUACUCAGAUUUUUUAUUGUAUUUGUGUUAAUAUUAUAAACAAUUAAAUUAUAUUUCGAUCAAAUUGGAUGUUAAUUAGUUUAAUUCAACAGAAAAACAAGGAAAAAAAAUAUGAAUUCUAACAUGUAAAUUACGCACAGACAGGCAUAAUUUCUCUUCUCAUCUUCUUAUAUAUAUAUAUAUACAGUAGCGAAAAUUAAGUUAGGACACCUAUGAAAUUUAGGCCAUUUUUCCUUUUGGUGCUCAAAAUUCGGUAUUUCUUUCAAUUUUCGAGACAACUACCUUCAGACAAAAGAUAAUCAGAAUUUAAUGAUCUUUCAAAAGGCGUUGAGAUCAUGACGAUAUCUCAAUUCGAACCCGAGAUAUUGCAAAAUGCAGAAAGAUGUGCGCAAAAGGACAGCGAAAAUUAAGUUAAGACACUGUUUAGCCUGCUCUAAAUCCUUGUAAAAAACAUGAAAAUUACUGAGAUAAUCACAUUAAAUCAUGAGUUUGGAAUGUUUAGAAGACAUUUACAUUAUAGAACGUCUUGAUUUGCACUUGUUAAAUUGCUUUUUGUAUGUUUUUUAGCUAAUGUUUAACGCUUUUCUAUCAAUUUCUUCGAUUUCUCCCGCUCAAGCGCAGACCAAAUCUUGUUUACAGGUUUUCUAUGAAGUUUUGGAAUAAGAGGUUAAGUUAAUCGCCUAGGAAUAAUCAUGUAGAUGUGAAAAUUACAACAUUUUACUCUUAAGAAAGUGUUGAUUUUUAGUCAAUUUCUUAUUAUAAUGUCCAGAAAAUCUGUAAUUUCUUAUCGAUGCAUGACAGGAAAAUGGUUCUAAUUACGUUUGCAUGUUAUUUAUAGUGAAAACACAGUAUUUUGUUCAUAUUAUCUCGGCUCAGUCCCGUCAGAUUCCCUUUAGAAUUUUGGUCUGCAGAUCAACUUUUGGCGCCUUCAAACAAUCUGAUUUUCUCCACAAUUAUGGCUCAUUAUGGACGAAAUCAAUUAAUUUUUGAGUUUUUUCCACACUUAAAUUCAUUUCAUUGACGAUUUUCUCGAUUUUCCAUAAGAAAUUUGUUUAUUUUGACCAUUUUGACAGCAAACGCAUUGUCAGACACGUCAAAGUCAAAUUCAGCGCGGGUUGCCCAAUGUAAAAUCUGCAGGCACACACUCAACAUAGAAAUGUCGUGAGCAGGAAUGAAAAUAACACGAUUCGCGUGGGGAAGAAAGAGAUGAACUAAAACAAUUGUCCAAUGACCAAGGGGCAAAUCACAAGGCGAUUUUUGAGGAAACUUAAUGUUCUCUAAUCGAAUAAUUAAUUAUUUGAGUAAAAUAAUGAAAAAAUGAUUAUUUUCCCAAGUAAAAUUGAAAAAUAAUCAAAUUUUGAAUAAGAUAAUUUAAAAAAUGAUUAUUCUCCCAAGUAUAAUUGAAAAAAAACAAUUGAAAAAUAAUCAAAUUAUGAUUUCAAUAAUAAAAAAAAGAUUAUUUUCUCAACUAAAAUUGAAAAAAAAAUCUAAUUUUGAAUACAUAAUCAAAGAAAAGAUUAUUUUCCCACAGUAAAAUAACAAAAAAAAAACAAAAUAACCAAAUUCUGAAUAAAAUAAUCAAAAAAUGAAUAUUUUUUCAAACAAAAAUUGAAAAAUUUUUGGAAAAAAAGUUACAAAAAAUCAAAAAACCCAAAUUCUGAAUAAAAUAAUCAAAAAAUGAAUUUUUUUCAAACAAAAAUUGAAAAAUAAUCAUAUUUUGAAUAAAAUAUCCCAAAGAAAAAAAACAA